AGUGACACAAGAACCAUCGUGUCCUGAGAGAGUGCAACUAGUUUUAUUUGUCAGAAUUACAAAUACAGCACACGUGAAACCGUGGGAAACAGCUAGUUCAUAAUAAUUGAAUAUUUAUAAUAUUCAUUCGUGUAUAUAAGCCAUAAAUAAAUUAUUAUAAAUUAAAGCUGAUCACGUAUUAUAUACCCGCUGUAUAUGAAUAAUUUAACGCAAACCUACAUAAGUAACUGGACUUAUUUACUCCAAGUACUUACUCGAAGACGUGAAGAAUGGAGUGGCUCCGAAAAUAUUACCACACAGUUUUCUACGAUAGAGCGGAUCAGAGGGUCAAAGAUUGGCUGUUCAUGACGUCACCAUGGCCAAUCGUGGCGAUCCUAACGACUUAUCUGCUGCUCAUCAAGUUUAUUCUGCCCAUCUACAUGAGGAACAAGAGACCUUACAGUUUGAAAGGCGUUAUAAAAAGCUACAACGUGACUAUGAUUGUUUUCAACUUGGUCGUUGCUUGGGGGAUAGCAACGUCAGGUUGGACAACCACAUACCAUUUCGGAUGCGUUCUACCAGAUUAUACCACGAAACCGGAACCAAUGAGGAUGCUCACUUUCAUGUGGUGGACAUUGACUAUCAAGAUGACAGAGCUAUUGGAGACCGUAAUAUUUUUGUUGAGAAAAAAAAAUCAACAGGCCUCGUUCCUUCACGUGUACCAUCACGUCAUCUCUUUGGUUAUGAUAUGGUGUGGUGUCAAAUAUAUUGGAGGUGGCAUGGCUUCCUUCCCGGUAAUGAUCAACAGUGGAGUACACGUAGUGAUGUACUGCUACUAUUUACUGUCAGCUGACGGCAGCCCACGGGUUAAGGCAUAUCUGCACAGGUACAAGAAAUGGUUGACAAUUAUACAAAUGGUUCAAUUUACAGUCUUAUUGGCACACGCAUUGCAGGCAUUCCUACCAAGCUGCCCGGCCCCCCUCACUAUAGCGUAUAUGUAUUUGCCAAAUGUACUAAUUGUAUAUUACAUGUUCUAUGAAUUUUUUAAAAAGAAUUACAGUGAAAAUCAUAAAAUUAGUAAAUAAUGUUACGGCUAGUUGAUAUGUUUCAACCUUAGAUUUGUGUUUAAUUUUUAUCAACAAUUAACUAGAUUCAGAAAAUUAGCACCUAAAUAAAAAAAAAAUGCAGUAA